AUGGCGGCGGUGCGGGCGUCCCCGCGUGGGGCGCGGGGCCGGGCGGCGCUGGAGGUGUCGCUGCGGGUGCCCUGCCUCUUCAUCAUCGACGCCAUCUUCAACUCGCAGCGCGACCCGGGCCCGCACGGCCGCCCCGCCGCCGGGCUCCCCCCCGGCCUCCUCCUCCUCCUCCGCCUCCUCGGCGUAUUUGGGUCCAGUGUGGUCCUGACCUUAUCGCAACGAUCGCUUUUCAAGUUCUAUAUGUCCACCUCGGCCUUUCUCCUAGCUGCAUCUUCAGUGGUAGUGAAUUACUACGCCUCUUUGCACAUUGACUUCCACGGUGCCUACAACGCUUCCGCGUUCGGAAUCGAGCUCCUUCCUCGCAGAGGGCCCUCCCUGUGGAUGGCUCUGGUGGCCCUCCAACUGACCUUUGGGAUCGGCUACGUCACGCUGCUUCAGAUUCAGCCGUCGUACUCGCAGCUGAUCAUCUUCGACCUCUUGGUCCCCGUGAUCGGCCUGGUCACGGAGUUGCCGGUCCAGGUCAGGGAAGCCUUAGUUUUCCUGUCGGCCCUCGUUCUGACGCUGUACACCGCCGUCCUGCUGGCUCUGAAGAUCAAGUGGCUGUAUUAUUCCACCCGCUACGUCUACCUUUUGGUAAGGCACAUGUAUCGCAUUUACGGAUUACAGCUCUUGAUCGAGGACACGUGGAAGAGGAUCCGCUUCCCGGACGUGCUGCGCGUCUUCUGGCUCACCAGAGUGGCGGCCCAGGCCGCGGUGUUGACCUACUUGGUCAGGGUGGCGGAGAGCGAGGCGGAAGACAGAUCCUCCUUCGUUUCCUGGGAUCACUUCUGGGAGCUGGCCUGCAGCCUGGUCAUCAGCGGGUGCGACUCGACCUUAACGGUGCUGGGCAUGAGCGCCAUCAUCUCUUCUGUCGCCCACUACCUGGGGCUGGGCAUCCUGGCCUUCAUUGGGUCGACGGAGGAAGACGACCGGCGGCUGGGCUUCGUCGCGCCCGUCCUGUUCUUCAUCCUGGCCUUGCAGACCGGACUGAGCGGGUUGAAGCCCGAGGAGAGACUGGUCCGCCUGAGCCGGAACAUGUGCCUUCUCUUGACCGCCGUCCUGCAUUUCAUCCACGGGAUGACCGACCCCGUCCUGAUGUCCCUCAGCGCCUCGCACGUGUCGUCCUACCGGAGGCACUUCCCCGUGCUCUUCGUCUCCUCCUGCCUCUUCGUCCUCCCGGUUCUGCUCAGCUACGUCCUCUGGCACCACUACGCCCUCAACACCUGGCUCUUCGCGGUGACGGCGUUCUGCGUGGAGCUCUGCCUGAAGGUCGUCAUCUCCCUCACGGUCUACACCCUCUUCAUGAUCGACGGCUACUACAGCGUCCUCUGGGAGAAGCUGGACGACUACGUCUACUACGUCCGCUCUACGGGCAACAUCAUCGAAUUCGUAUUCGGAGUGGUGAUGUUCGGCAACGGGGCUUACACCAUGGCGUUCGAGUCCGGAAGUAAAAUCCGGGCGUUCAUGAUGUGCCUCCAUGCCUAUUUCAACAUCUACUUACAAGCCAAGAACGGCUGGAAGACUUUCAUAAACCGCAGGACCGCGGUGAAGAAGAUAAAUUCCCUGCCCGAAAUCAAAGGGAGCCGCCUCGAUGACAUAGAUGACGUGUGCGCGAUCUGCUACCACGAGUUCACGGUGUCCGCCCGGAUCACGCCCUGCAAUCAUUACUUCCACACGCUCUGCCUCCGGAAAUGGCUCUACAUCCAGGACACUUGCCCCAUGUGCCACCAGAAAGUGUACAUCGACGACGCCAAGGAGCACGCCGGUUUCUCCAACAACAACGGGUUCGUCGCGCCCAACGAGAACCCCGGCCAGGCGGCCAGGGAAGCGGCCGCCGGCUCCGACAGCGAACUGAACGAAGACGACAGCACGGAUGGCGAUGACCCCGCCAAUGCCAUCCGGCCCCCAGGCCCGCCAAACGGAGGAGAAUUUCUUCAUGAUAACGACUGAUUAAAAACGGCAUUUGGCAAUCACUGAGGUAUUUUCUUUCAAAUUCAGUUCCACAGAAUGGGAGUCGCUCGCUUUUACUCCGGUGCGUGACCAGGCACGAGACGGAAUCUCAGAAUGUGGGAUCUGGGAAUGGGUUUUUUUCCCUCGACUGUGAUGCGCUACUGUAAAUAUACCUCUUUAAUCACUGCUGGUCUCUUUGGUGACCUAUUUAAAUUUGUGUACAUUAUUGUACAUAGAAUAAAACGUUUUCACAUGUUUUUAAGACA